AUGUAUCAUACAAAUGAUGAAAAUCGUUUAUCUUAUGAUUGUUUCUAUACUGUUUGGGAUAUGGAUGAAGAAUGGGGGGCAAAAGUACCUUACAUUCGUAAUUAUUAUUUAAUUCCGUACUGUCGACGACCAGAUUAUGAAAUUGAGGAAGAAUAUUCGAAAGAUGUAAAAAUUAAUCCAAAAGAAUUGAAUAUAAAUGGAAACGAUUUAUUAAAUUGGUCAAUACCAAUUGAUAUUGCAGAAGAAUAUGAAAUGAAUAAAAAUGAAAGUAUGAUAUUAAAUUGUUCAUCAGGAUGGUUUGGUAAAGAAUGCCAAUAUACAUUUCCAUGCGAUCAUUCAAUGACUUUUAAUGAAAUUGUUUAUAAAACUUUUGAAGGACGUUAUAAUUCAGAUACAUUAUUAACUAAUGGAACAUGUUAUCGUUUCAUUGACAAUUGUAAUCAAGAAUUAUGGCCAUUUUGUUUAGAUUGGAGAGAGAUUUGUGAUCAGAAAUUUGAUUGUCCAAAUGGUGAAGAUGAAAAAUUUUGUGAAGAAUUAGAAUCUAAUGAAUGUAAUGAAAAUGAAUAUCGUUGUCAUAAUGGUCAAUGUAUUCCUUUAGAAUUUGUAUUAGAAGGUCCAACUAAUACUGAUUGUUUAGAUGGAAGUGAUGAACGUGAUGUUUUCCAAAAUCCAGGUCUUGGUUUACCAACUCAAUAUAAUACGGAUUGUGUUAGUUUUCCAAUAUUUCGAUGUGAAGAACGAACUGCACGAUAUCCUCAAAAAUUUAUAUGUGGAGAUGGUCAAUAUAAUAAUUAUGCAUAUGGAAUCGAUAUUCGAAGUCUUUGUCGAAAUAAUCGAAAUAAACAAAUAUAUGAACAAUUAUUCAAAUCACUUAAUUAUAUUGAAGAUGAAAAUUGUCGAAAUACAUUUGAUUGUCAAAUUCAUUCCGAUUUUAAUACAAGCAAUUGGUGGACCAAUUGA